CACUUAUUUAUGUUACACCAAAAUCUUUUACAAUAUGGCGAAAGAAAUAAAUGGAUUAAACCAUAUAGGAUCCGGAGAGGAAGAAGUUCAAGCGGAUAUAUGGAGAUGCAUAUCUGGUUUCGCUGAAAUGGCUGUCGCCAAAUGUGCUAUUGAAUUGGGGAUUUCUGAUUUCUUGGAAAACCAUCAAGAACCUGUUCCCUUAAGCCAAUUGUCCUCUGCACUAGGCUGCUCUGCUUCUUCCCUGCAUCGGAUCCUCAGGUUCUUGAUAAACAGGGGAAUAUUCAAAUUGGUGUCAAUUACUGGAAAUGGCGAAAUGGGUUAUGUACAAACACCUGUUUCUCGUCUGCUUAAAAGAGAUGGAGAAAAUAGCAUGGCUGCACUUGUCUUACUUGAAAGUAGCCCAGUUAUGCUUGCCCCAUGGCACUAUCUCAGUGCCCGCGUUUUGUCAAAGGAAAAUGGUGGAGCAUUCUGUGCGGCUCACGGAAAGGACUUGUGGGAGUAUGCAAAAAUCAAUCCGGAGCAUAGCAAACUGAUCAACGACGCACUGGCAUGUCAUGCGAGGGUGACAAUGCAUGCGAUUAUCAAUAAUUGUGCGGAGAUAUUCAAAGGGAUAGAAUCAUUGGUGGAUGUUGGUGGAGGUAACGGAACAACUGUUGGUAUGUUGGUGAAGGCAUUUCCAUGGAUAAACGGGAUCAACUUUGAUCUCCCUCAUGUUGUGUCUGUUGCUCCUCCUUGUCAUGGUGUUGUACAUGUUGAAGGCGAUAUGUUUCAUUCUGUUCCCAAAGCUCAUGCUGUUUUCCUCAUGUCGGUUUUACAUGAUUGGGGUGAUGAUGAAUGCAUUCAAAUCUUGAAAAAGUGCAUAGAGGCAAUUCCAAAAGACACAGGAAAAGUGAUCAUUGUGGAGGCAGUUAUUGAUGAAAAAAUAGGCAAAGGAAAAAACCUAAAGGAUGUUGGUCUGAUGUUAGAUAUGAUAAUGAUGGCUCACACAACUAAUGGGAAAGAGAGAAGUGCAAAAGAAUGGGAUCAUAUUCUGAGUGCAGCUGGAUUCAGUAGCCACUCUAUUCUGCAAACUUCUGCUAUUGAACCUCUUAUUCUGGCUUAUCCUUGACUUGCUCUUCUAUUUCUUUUAAGAAAAAUUAAAAAACGUCCCAAGACUAUCCAUAGCAAAGCGGCUAUCAUUAUGUUAUGCUUGUAUUCAAUAAAAUAAAAAUAAUAAAUCAGUAUUAAAUGUGAGAUUAUAAUAUUAAGUAUGUUAUAGUAUCUAUUCUACUGCUUGUCAAUGUAAUUAUUUGAAAUCA